AUGGCACUUAAAACUAUAAUUACCUAUCCUAUAGAAGUUUGCCUGCGUUUAAUCGGUGUUUGGCCAUAUUCUUCGUAUAGAAUUGUACAACGUGUUUUUUGGAUAAUCGUAAUGGGUAUCUCCAUAGUGUUUCAACUUUGGUAUUGUAUUUCUUAUUUUAAAACAGCAGAUUUACCUGAUCUGUUAGAUGGCAUAACUGUGACUUUGUCAAACACAAUCACGUUCAUUAAGUUGAUUAUUCUUUGGUUUAAUUAUCGCACACUUCACAAUAUACUAAUAGUUGUAUUUGAAGAUUGGAAUAAUCGUGCUCUUACUAAUCAAAAAAAACAGUUUAUGAUAGACAAUACCUAUUUAUGCUCUCGUAUUUCGAAUUUUUUAUUUGGCAUUUAUUCGAUGACAUGUAUCUUAUAUUCGGCAAGUACUAUGCUGAUUUCGGACAAUGCUGAUAAUAUUAAUAAUCAAUUGAUUUUGAACAAUAAAAAAUUAUUGCUUAAAAUGAAGUUUCCCUUCAAUUUUACGAUUUUUCCACUUUAUGAAUUCAUUAUAGUUGCACAAUUUCUAUUUGAAUAUUCUGUAGCUUUCACGGCUGGGAUGUUAAUGGCAUUUUCUGCAGCAUUAGUAUUACAUAUAGGUAGUCAAAUAGAUAUCACAUGUCAAGAACUUAUUGAGAUAUCAAGCUAUAAAGAAGAAAUAUCAUAUAUGUUGAAAAAUAUUAUUGUCAAGCAUCAAAGAAUUCUUCGUUUAUCUGAAAAUGUUAAAUAUUUAUUUCUAUAUACAUCAUUGAUACAAUUUUUAUCAAAUAUUUUAGUGAUAUGCUUUCUAGGAUUUAUUCUUGUAAAUGCUUUAGGUACUGAAAAAGGAUCUACAAUAUUCACGAAAUGUUUCCCUUAUUAUGUUGCUGCGAAUUGCGAAGCGUUUAUUCUUUGCUAUACAGGAGAAUAUCUUAUAUUUAAGAACGAAAGAAUUAUUCAAGCUGCAUACGACAUGCUUUGGUACAAUUUAAAUCCGCGAGACAGUCGAAUUGUAUUGCUGAUUUUAAUACAAGCUCAAAGACAAUUGACACUUUCAGCUGGAAAUUUUGUGACGCUUUCUGCUGAAAUCUUUGCUAGUAUGCAGAAAGUUUCGGCUUCGUAUAUUUCAAUAUUAAUGGCGAUGUAUUAAAAAAAAUAACUGCGUUGUAUCACUGAACUUGUUAUGCGAAUAUUAUAGAGAGUAAUGUUAUAUAAAUAAAGACAUAAAUGAUUUCA